CGAAUGAGACGGCAAAAUGUCAACAUCUGAGGACAAGGGGGGUUUCCACUGUGUGGGAUGACAAAGGUGAGGUGGGGAAAAUUCUUCAUUUGCAGUCACACGUCAGCGAGGAGGCAGGGAUGCACUUCUAACUGUGCUACCAAACCUUCUGGGCAAGUUUUGAGGACCACGCUUGUGUGGAAAUGGCAGAAGCCCAGUGCACCGCUGAGGAUAUGUACUUGAGCAAAGCUGGAAGAUGCUGCGAUCGCUGCCCACCAGGAAGCUUUGUGCGAGCCGACUGUGACCACGCCAGGAAGACUCACUGCGACAACUGCGGACGUGGACUCUACACGGCCACUAGAAAUCACCUCACUCGCUGUCGUGUGUGCAAGUCGUGUAGUGCCAGCAACAACCAGAUGACGGAGAAGGCGUGCGCGGCCAACAGGGACACAGUGUGCAAGUGUGCGUUGGGCUUCUUCUGCAACGGCGAUCCCUGCGACCACUGCAUGCGCGCUACCUCCUGCCCUUUGGGUUCAGGGGUCAAAGUUCAAACCAGCAGGGCCAACGAUACGAUCUGCGCUCCGUGUGUAAAUGGAACUUACAGCAACGUGUCCGACUCCCACUCGGCCUGCCAAACACACACCAGAUGUGAGGACUUGGGUCGAGUGCUGAAAACGGCAGGAACCUCGACCACCGACGCCAACUGUGGGGAGUUCAAAUCUGGCUGCCCGUGGAUUUUACCUGCAGGCUUGUGGCUAGGCUUUGUGCUGACCGUGCUGAUCAUACUUGUUGUUUUAGCGCUGAUGUUCUGGAUGGCCAAACGCAAAUCACACAAAAUGGCCAGGUCAAACAUUCCCCCUUAUGAGGCGAGGACCAUCACUGAGAGUUUGCUGAAACCUCCCCCACAGACCCACAAAACCUUGGAUCAGUGCCAAAACAGCGACGGGACAGAAGCCUGCCCGUUUACUCUGCUCAACUUGGAUGAAAGUCCAGUCAUCAGCAUGGACCUUCCACUCGCUCUCAUGACUAACAACCCCUCGGACCACCACAACGGGACCCAGGUGUACCACCGCUGCCAUUCCGAGCCGCAGGAGGACGAGUGGUGUGGAACAUGAGUGCAAUGUCGUGAGGCCACAUAUGUGGGAAGUGUCAAUUGCUAUUUUCAGAACUAUAUGAACGUGUAUGCCAACAAACACUUGUGGGGGUUACUGCCCCCUGCAGGAAUUUUAGUGGAAGUUCAUGUCACGCCCUAGAUAUGAAAAUUAGAUACACCAGGGCACCGUAGCGCUUCGACUGACCGACGUGCCUACGUGGCGGCCAUGUUGGGCAGGUCGACGUGCCCCUCGAAGGCAAUGCAUGCACCAGGGCCGACCCUAGGCGAGAUUUUAUAUGGCGCCCCCCUCCAUCAACGAUUUACAUACGCUUACAAAAAAGUCAAACCAUUUGUGAGGAAACACUGUACUCUUGUAUAAAAUGGCUGUUGAUUCCCAAAUGGUAAAUGCUAUAAUUUUGUGAAGCCACUUAAAUUAAAGUUGAAAGUCUACACUUCCAUCACAUAUUGAUUGUUUUAUUUCAAAUCUAUUGUGGUGGCAUAUAAAGGUAAAAUUGUCCAAAUACAGAACUUAAAUGUACUUAGAGCUGUUCUACUUUCUUCUUUCUGUUCUCUGGUAUUCAUACCAUCACACACAAUCAUUAAACACUUUUGUAUUACAA